AUGGAAAAUGAAUAUUAGCUCAUUCCUCAAAGUUUAUCAAUUUUAAAAACAAAUUAAGCCUUAAGAAAUGAUUAUUGCAAACAGCCAAGUUUUUCAAGUUUCGAUUAAAUCAAUUUAUAAUUAACAUCCAUGAUGUUUCGUGUUAAAAUAAAUCUAUAUUACAUUUAAGAUAAUAGAUUAAUGUGUAGAAUAUACAAUGAUCAUCAUUUAAGAAUGAUAGAAUUAUGUAGAGAUGAUAAUAAUCAUUAUGAUUGUGUUUAUUCAAAAGAAUUUCUUUAACAUGCCACAAUAGUUUAAUAAAUAAUCUAUGAAGUAUUAAAUAUAAUAAUAUAUUUAUUAGUAAAUAAAUAAUAUUAUAGGAUUAAAGGCUGAUAUACCUAAAAUAUUCAAAAAUAUUGAAUAAGAUAUUUGGAUGAAUGAAAAAGUAUUUAAUGAUGUCAGAUCCACCAAAAAGAUUCGAUCCAAUUCUGAACAUAAAAAAGAUCAAUAAGAUUUACUAUAAUCUGAAUUAGAAAACAUUUAAAAAAAAUAACAUGAAGAAGAUUCUACUGAAAUCUAGAUUAGUAAUCUAAAAAGUAAUCCACCAGGAUUAGAUAAGUAAUAAAAAGAGAAAUAUUCAAAGUAGUUCUAUAAGAACAAAUCAAAGUAGUACAACUCCAAAUAAUAAGCCUGUCAUUUUAGAGGUUCCAACAACAAGAGAAACAGGAAAAUUGAAAUUCUUUGAUGAAUAAAAAAGUUAUGGAUUUAUUGUUUUGGAUUCUGAUAAUUCAGAUGUAUUUGUUCAUUUGGAUGAUUUACAAAGAGCAGGAAUUACAAAAGAAGACUUAAGAAAAUUAGGAUCAUGUUUUAGAUCUUAAACAUAAGUAAAUCAUUAUGGAAGAGGAAAUGAUAAACCUCCAUCAUUUUCAUUUUAAUUAAUGACAUAUGUUGGAAAAUAUAAUAAAAGUAGAAAAGCAGUUGAUCUAAAAUUAAUAAAUGAAUGA